GGAUGGGUGCACAGUCAUGGCUUGUGCAAAGCAAGAUGUAGGUAACUAUGACCCAAGCCCAGGAACUGAGAUUAAAGCACUUGUUGAGGAGAAGAUAGUACAAGAUGUUGUAAGUGAAGAUGAUGUAGUUCCUGAUGUAGUGCUACAGGUAAAAGGAGAGUCGUUCUUUGUGAAUCGCCAACGCUUGGCCAAGCAUAGUCCUUAUUUCCGAGCCUUGUUCUUUGGCAGUGGUCGGGAGAGCACCAAGAAGCUCAUUGAGAUAAAGGGUGUUGGACUGCAGCCGUUUCACACCCUAAUGGAGUUUACGAAGAACUUCAAGCUGUCCCUGGACACCAAGAAUGUCCUUGAUAUUCUGGAAGCUGCAGACUUCCUACAGUUAGACAGAGCUCGGCUACUCUGUUGUAAGUUUCUCGAAAGGCAACUGCAUCUUAGCAAUUGCCUGGGCAUGAUGGCCUACGCUUGGCAACUUGGCUGUCUGGAACUGUACGCCGCGGCACGGGAUGUCGUCUUGACCCAUCUACCCGCCAUAGCCUCUGACCAGGACUUCAUGUUCCUUUCGAAGGAGAGCAUCGCUGACCUCCUUGCAAGCGACAACUUGAGCAUUCCACGUGAAGAUCUGGCCCUCGAUGUGGCCCUUCGCUGGGCAACAUUUGACCCAAGUCGGGAAGAAGACUUCAUGGAACUGGUCGGUCUGGUUAGGCCUGAGUGCUUAAGUCUUCCUUACAUUACUGAUCUUCUAACCAAGAUAAACAGUUCAGACCCACGUGCUAAGCUCAUUUGUAGACUCAAUGCUAGCUUGCCAAGCAGCUGGACCAUGGGCAGGUCCGUUCCAAGAACUCGGUCAAGGGAAACUUUCUUUGUUCUCGGUGGGCCACAUGAGCAAGAUACGCAGUUGCUGUAUCAGUUUCACCCCUGUAGUGGAAGGUGGCAGUCCCAUCCACCCCUGCAGAAGAAAUGUCUCACGCAGUACUCGAUGGCUGCAGUAGGUGACAACAUAGUAGUGACUGGAGGUUACUUCCGGCACGUGUUGUGGUAUAAUGUGGACUGGGUGAGCAUUUAUCAAUACAGUAACCAGCGGUGGGUGGACGGCCCAGCGAUGCAGAAGUCCAGGCACAGCCACUGCUCAGCAGCACUGGAGCUCCAGUUGUUUGUGUUUGGUGGUAGUAUGGAUGAAGGACCUGUGGCAGAUGUGGAAAGGCUGGUCUUGGGAGUAGAGGAAUGGGACAGUGUCAGUCCCAUGGUUCGGGCUGUUGAAAGGGCGGCCAUAGUCACUUUGGGAACCUGUAUCUACAUCGCCUGUGGUUUGGAUGAAAAUGGGGACGUUUACAACGGGAUUCAAAGAUACAGGCCAGAGGUUGAUCAAUGGGACGUGGUAUCCUAUUCUCCAUUCCCACGUUAUGAUCUUCUUGCAACAACGCUCAAUGGCGCCCUCUAUCUGCUGGGAGGUCAGACUCUCCGUUUAGACAUUGAUACUGAUGAGUGGACCGUUCUUCAAGAGGAAAAUUUGGACAAUAAAUUCUUCACAGGCUGUGCCACAGUGAACGGACAGAUUUACAUACUGAGCGAGAGGAAGAUAAAUAAAACGUACCCUAACAUGAUUCUACUGGACCCUUACAUUGACACGUGCUUACAAAUCGAUGGUUCAAUACCCUGUCCAGUCCCUAUAAGAGGGUGUGUCACCAUGCCAGUGCAUCCUUUCUGAAACCAUAACGAGAACACUUACAAGGUCAAUCAAUAUUUAUUUGUGCUUUGUAUUAAUAUUUAAUUACGUCUCUUCGCCUUAAGCUCAAUCGAUUGCAUUUGUAGCGUAAUGUUGAUUCCCACAAAAUACAUUUUCACACAGAAGCACUGCCUCACUGCAACCCAGAUUGUUACCCUUGUAUUUAGUAAAGAAAAGUAUUUAAAAUAUUUGUUUUACUUUUUAUUAAACAUUAUGCCCUAAAACUGUAGAUUGAGCUUAUCUCGUAUUGAACCAGGAAUGUUUCUUUAAAUUAAUAGUUUAAAAAAAUUACUUCUGUCAUCAUUUACUCACCCUCAUGAUUUCUUUUACUUUUUUCUGUGUAAAAACACACACACUCACUCACACACACACACACUCACACUCACACUCACUCACACACACACACUCACACAUACACACUCACACUCACACUCACUCACACACACACACACACUCACACUCACACACACACACACACUCACACUCACUCACACACGCACACUCACACACGCACCCUCACACACACACACUCACACACACACACACACACACACACACACACACCCUCACACUCACACAUGCACCCUCACACUCACACACUCACUCACACACACUCACACACACACACUCACACUCACACAUACACACUCACACUCACUCACACACACACUCACACUCACUCACACACACACUCACACUCACACACACACUCACACAUACA